AUGGCGACUGAUAGAGGCCUCGAAAUCUCGUCGGCCUUCCCGUUCGAAAAGAAAAAGGCCCAAGUCCUCGGUAGGCACAUGGCCUAUGUCGAUGUUGGCACCUCCUCCUCCGGACCCGUCACCGUCUUCUUGCACGGCAACCCAACAUCGUCAUAUCUCUGGCGCAACAUCUUUCCACACGUAGCAAAGAACAGCCGCUGCAUUGUGCCCGACCUCAUCGGCUUCGGCGAUUCCGACAAGGUCGCUGGCCUGGAGUAUAGAGUCCGCGACCACCAGCGCUACAUCGAUGCCUUCUUAGACGCUGUCCUUCCAUCAGAGCGUGUCAUCCUCGUCAUCCACGAUUGGGGAUCUGCUCUCGGCCUGGACUGGGCCAGCCGUCAUGAAGACCGCGUCGCAGGUGUUGUGCUGAUGGAGUGGAUUGCCGCGUUGAACAACUGGAACACUCGAGAUGAAACAUUCAGAGACCUCUUCCAAAAGUUUCGUACCCCAGAACUUGGCCGCACCAUGAUCAUUGAGCAAAACUUCUUCGUGGAGAAGCUCCUCCCCAAGGGUGUCAUUCGAGGCCUGACCGACGAGGAGAUGGUACACUACUGCCGACCAUUCCUUAACCCCAUAGACCGUGAACCGGUCUGGAGAUUCCCCAACGAGAUACCCAUUGAAGGUCAUCCGAAGGAAGUGGUGGAAAAGGCCCAAAGGUACACAGCCUGGCUUCUUGCGUCGGAGCUGCCAAAGCUGUUCUUCUGGGUGAAGCCCGGAACGUUCGUUAGGGAGCAAGACUUUGAGAGGCUGAGCGGACAGAUGUCGAACGUCAAGACCGUGUUUCUUGGAGCAGGAAGUCAUUUCGUUCAGGAAGACUACCCCCAUAGCAUUGGACAAGAAAUUGUGGCAUGGAUGGCAGAGCUGGGCCUCUCCGGCACGUUGUGGGCGGCUUCGCACAAUCAUCACUUGGCAGCCAUCAACAACGACAGAUUCCGGAUCGAGACAACAACCGAUAUGCCAUCCUGGAGCCCUUCGAAGCUUUCGUCAUCUCUCCUCUCAAAUAUUCGCAAUCACCCUAUACUCUUCACCUCUGCAAUAGCCAUCAUCCCCUUGGCCGCUCUCGCAGUGCCCUCAUACCGUGGCUACAUCGAUCUUGGCCCCGGUGGCCUCCCACACAACGUCUUCGGUUGGCUUCUUCAAGGCGCUCUACGCCCACUUACUCUGAAGAGCACUCUUGACCAGAGCGUCUUCAAAAAGCCCGGCGUCUCUGAUUCAUACGAACCUCACGGCACCACCCGAUUCCUUCAUGAGCCACUUGCACAGCGUCGAGGCAACAGGCCAGUCAUCCCAAACUACGUCGCGCCUCAGAGACAAGCCACAGAAAAGGGAGACAAGGCUCUUAUGGACCGCAUGAAUGACCAUCUGCAAGACUUGGCAAGUCGUCGUCCAGAGACGUUGGCCGUGAAAGCAUCCGGCCUGGAAGCCAGAAACAAUCCUGCGCUUUGGCUCACUGGCACCCCGUUGCCCAAGUACCUGAUGAAAAGCACAAAGGGAGAAAUCGUCCACGUACACUCUGAAGCCAGCUCUCACAUGGUCCUCAGCUUGACCGACGCCGAGGAAGCCAUGGCAAAGGGGUGGGCUGAGCUGCACCCGCUAAGUGGCGUGAUGGGCCGGAUUCCGCUGCCGUAUGUCAUGAUAUAUGCGCCGCGGGAUGAGGAGGAAUUCGGGGUAUGGACAAAGUUUGUGGAUGCAGCUAUUGCUUUUACUACUGCAGGACAGCAUUAG